AUGCCUUCCGCAAGAACCGCUAGCUACCGGGUGAUCGAACCACACCCGUCUGUGCCAUCUUCCAAUCGUCCGGCUCUGUACACUGGCCGGGGUGGCAGCGGUAAUGUCAUCAGCUUGAAGAAUACCAAGACCACCGACUCUCGAACGGCCACUGGUCCUGCCUCCUUGACUCGCCUCGACUCUCGUGGUCCCUCUACCUACACUACCGGCCGCGGUGGUGCCGGUAACGUCCACAGCAGCAGCGAACGCGCCAUCUUCAGCUUCGACGAAGAACUUGAGCGGGACUUGCGCCGCGCUGCCCCCGUCUAUCACGUCGGCCGUGGAGGCGCUGGCAACAUGAUCUACAGCGACGACGCUUCCAACUGCAGCCUGACCCGCAAGUACUCGUCGACAAGCACCAACACCACCAGCAGCACUGGUUCCGUGGCCGAUCGUGCUCGCGACAUGGCUCGCCGUGGCCUCGAAAAGGGCUGGGGCAAGCUCAAGGGUAGCUCCUAA